ACCGAUAUGAUUAAGGAUGGAACAGAAAUCGAGUUGGACCAGUUCCCUUGGUCUAUCCUAAUAAAGGCGACGUUCAAAAAUGGCAACGACCUAUCACUAUUUAGUUGUGGGGGAUCUUUAAUUAGCCGUCUAUAUGUGCUGACUGCUGCUCAUUGCGUCUUCAGACCUGGAGAUACAUUAGUUGGCAUCGAUAUAACGCUCAUAGAAUAUGAUGAGAAUUGUGUCGAAAUAGAAAGAAAACCUAAUUGUGCUGACAGCGUUUUGCUGCAAGUCGAGAAGGUAGUACAUCAUCCGGGGUUUAACGAUGAAAAGCUUCUUCAUGAUAUAGCACUGAUAAAGCUUCAGGAAUAUACAAUUGCACGAUAUAUAACACCUGUAUGCCUCCCGAAAAUCGACGUAGACCAUUUGCACCUGGUAAACCUGCCACUAGUAGUAGCCGGAUGGAAGCGCAAUGGUCCACAUCUCACACCUUUGUGCAGCCGGCCGUACUGGUGAAGAUACACGUAUGGGCGAUUCUGGAGGACCUCUAAUGAUGAAGUUUUCAGGAAGCUAUUAUGUAAUUGGUGUAGUUAGCGGA